AACUCUCUCUCGAAAACCUAGCAGUCGGUUUCCGCCAAACGUCGACGCUCAUCUCCGGCCACCGGGUUUGAUUCCGAACCGACCCGUUAACCUGUUUCGUCAGAACGCUAACCCUAAUCCUAAUUUGAUUCAACAAGCCAAUAAAUUUCAGCAACAACAACAGAUGAUGAUGAUGAUGCAACAACAGCAGCAACAACAACAACAGCAGAAAUUGAUGCGUCCAUCGAAUCAAUUGGAGAUACAAUUCGCUUACCAAGACGCUUGGCGUGUUUGUCAUCCUGAUUUCAAGCGACCUUUCGCUUCUCUCGAAGACGCUUGUGAAAGUCUCCUGGGAAAGUACAUUUGUUGUUGGAGUACUGCAAAGGAGGUCACUUGUCUGUGUAUUUCCAAAGACAUGGAAUUGUCCCUGAAGCUAAUGGAGAUGAAACAGAGACUGGGAAAAAUCGAAGAGCCAAUAAAAGAGAUUGUUUUGGAAACCAAUAAACCUUCAAGGAAAGCUCCAACCAAAACCCAAGAAGAUCAAUCUACUAAAUUCUCCCCAAAAGAAGAAUCAAAACCAGAAAAAGAAUAUAAGGGCAAUGUACAGAAACCAGCUGAUGGACUUCAUUGAGAUCAUUAGAAGGGAAACUUAAGUGGUAGAUGAAGAAGGAUGUACCCUUCUGUGAGUUAUUAUGCUUUUGGAACUAAUACAGUAGUUGUUGCAAUUCUCGGAUUUUGCUUUUGGUUGUUGAAUCACCUUUUGAAUUAAUAUAGAUCACAAGGAUUUGCGUUUAAGCUA